AUGCCCCUCGCUAGGGUAGAGGAAGCAAUAGCCGACAUCAGAGCCGGCAAGAUGGUAAUCAUCUGCGAUGACGAGGAUCGUGAAAACGAAGGCGACCUCGCAAUGGCCGCGGAGUCCGUAACUCCCCAGCACGUUAACUUCAUGGCGACGCAUGCCCGGGGCUUGAUCUGUAUGCCGAUGCUUGGGCAUCGACUCGAAGACCUCAGACUGCCGCUAAUGACGCAGGAGAACACCGCUCGACUUGGCACUGCUUUUACCGUAUCGGUUGACGUUCUAAACGGUGCGACAACCGGAAUCUCAGCCUUUGAUAGAGCUGCGACAAUCAAAUCCCUCAUCGACCCGAACACCGUGCCCGAGGAUCUAGGACGCCCGGGUCACAUCUUUCCCCUCAGGUACAUGGAGGGUGGCGUUCUCAAACGAGCAGGGCAGACUGAGGCUUCCGUAGAUCUCGCGCGAUUGGCCGGUCUGUACCCGGCCAGCGUCAUCUGCGAGAUCAUGGCUGACGACGGCAACAUGGCCCGCUUGCCCACGCUUGAAAAGUUCUCCCAAGAGCACGACAUCAAGAUCGUCACUGUUGCGGACAUCAUCACCUUCAGGAGAGAGCACGAGAAGCUGAUCGAGCGCGUGGCUCAGGCCAGGGUUCCCACCGAACACGGCGAGUUUCUGGCAGUCUCGUACAGGAGCCUGGUGGACCCGAACGAGCACAUAGCGCUGGUCAAGGGAGAGAUAACGGCGAACAAGCCCGUGCUUGUGCGUGUUCACUCCGAAUGCCUAACGGGCGACGUGUUUGGGAGCGUUCGCUGCGACUGUGGCGGUCAGAUGGAACUCGCUCUCCAGGCCAUCGAGCGUGAUGGGGCCGGCAUUUUCCUCUAUAUGAGACAGGAAGGAAGGGGAAUAGGCAUCCACAACAAGCUCAAGGCAUACGAGCUUCAGGACGCCGGGAUGGACACCGUCGAGGCCAACAUAGCGCUCGGUUUCGCACCGGACCCUCGCCAGUACGGGGUGGGAGCGCAGAUUCUACUCGACCUCGGCGUUAACAAGAUGCGCCUUCUCACAAACAAUCCGCAAAAGAGGGUCGGCCUUGAGAGUUUCGGGCUUGAGAUAGUGGAGCAGGUGGGUAUUUUCGUGAGGUAA